CAUUAGUUUCUUAAAACCCUAGCAGCAAACCCCCACCCUCCAUCCUAGCUGCGACGCCGAUCGUCUCCAAGGGUAAGCAAGGCCGUCGGUCGUCGUGAUAAGGUCUCCAGUGUGGUUCCAAGCUUUUCCGUCGGUGGGGGGAGCUGUCUCGCUCGAACGGCUGCGAGUUUUGUCUCGUGGAAACACCGUCGCCCCGCUAUGUGGUGGCGGUUUGUGGGCACCAAGGGGCCGGGUUCUAGUCGGAGAAGACCCAGGUGGCCCGGGUCGAGGCUGAGCGGCUGUACUCGGCCGUGGAACCCCUUUUUCGGUUCUGUUUGUUUCGAUAGUGGUUGCCGGCCGUUUUGGGGCAUGGCAAGGCAAGCCGCGAGUUCGUCUGUCCGUGGGUUUGUUGCCGGCGAUGUCUCGACGCGGCUGACCUUUUUUUAUACCGAAACCGUUAUGUUCGAACCGAACCCACUGCCGGUGUCACCAUUCGGAUCUGGAAUUAUUUUAUUUGUUGGUCGAAAAUUAUUAUUUUAUUUUUAGAUUGGUUUAUUGGGGUCUUAAUCGAUCAAUGGUAUUUUUACAGGAAAUUCUGAACCGGGAACUGAGUUACCGCCUCCACCACCGUUACCCGCUAAUUUCAAACCCACUCAAAUUGUUCGUGUCGACCGUACUGAUUCGGAUCGAUCUACAGCUCGAGCCGACUGUGGUAGAGGUUAUUACCGUCGUUAGCUAUCUGUCGAGGCACUGCGAAGAAGUUUUACUAUCGGAUGAACUGCUUGUCUCACGGGGAAGAAAUUUUCAAAACGCCCGUGUUAAGACUGCGGAUUUAGAGUUUCUGUUGGCAAGAUUCCGCACUCGGUGCUACUCUUCCCGGAGUAGUUAUAGUAGCAGUAGUGCUAGGAAAAAAGCAUCUAGGACGAAAAAAGUGGACCCUGAGCAACCGCCGAUGGAAAACGAGAGAGAUGCAUUCUUUGUAGUGAGAAAGGGAGAUGUUGUUGGUGUUUUCAAGAGCUUUGCCGAAUGUCAGGCCCAAGUAGGAUCCUCGGUAUGUGAUCCUCCGGUCAGUGUUUACAAAGGCUCCUCCUUGACGAAGGAAACUGAGAAAUAUCUGUCUUCCCGUGGGCUUAAGAAUGCUCUCUACACCAUUAAAGCUGCAGAUGUGAAAGAGGAUCUUUUUGGAGCACUUAUCCCCUGCCCCUUUCAAGAACCAGCUUCUUCUAAUGUUGAAACAUCUCACAAUGAUGCAACCAAAAAGAGACCACAGUCAGAGUAUGGGGGACUGGGAUCACUUGAUUCACCAGCUGUAGCUGAUCCUGUGAGAAAGCAUGUCAAGUUGGAUCCGCAUUCUGAAGUUCAAACAGCAUCCUCUGGUUAUUUGUCUUGUAUUCUUGAGUUUGAUGGUGCAUCAAAAGGAAAUCCUGGACCAGCUGGUGCAGGAGCUGUGUUGAAAACUGAUACUGGAACCGUGAUUUGCAAAUUACGAGAGGGUUUGGGCGUAGCAACCUGUAAUGCUGCUGAAUAUCGUGCUGUAAUUUUAGGGUUGAAACAUGCUCUUAAAAAAGGUUAUACACACAUUCGUAUUCGAGGUGACUCAAAGCUCGUUUGUAUGCAGCUGCAGGGUUUAUGGAAAGUCAAACACGAGCACAUGUCAGAGUUACAUAAGCAAGCAAUGAAACUGAAAGAUAAGUUUCUUUCAUUUCAGAUCGAUCAUGUUUUAAGGGAACUGAAUGGGGAGGCUGAUGCUGAAGCCAACUUGGCAGUCAAACUUGCUGAAGGUCAAAUCCAGGAGGAGUAGCCCAAGUAAUUGAUUGUGCGUGCUGGAGUAUGUGGUUUGUUCUCGAAUACAUUUAUAGAACACAAAUGAGUCGAGGAUUUUGUCAUCCUUUGGCUUAUUUUUUUCCCUUGUGUGGGUGCAAACUAUUAUUUCAUUUAAAUCCCCAGAAGACCAUACGGUUGUUGGCCUUCAAACGCAGCUCUGCGAGGAACAAUGCGAAUAUCGUUUUUGUUAUUGUUUUUGGCAGAGACAAUGUUAAUUGCAUAUCAAUCAAAUUCAAACGGCAUACAUUUAAGGCUUUA